AGCAACAGCCAUGAGCCAGCCGAGCUCCCCGUCCUCCAGACCCGCGCUGACACUCCGCCCGUCCCCCUGACGCGCACCACACCACCAUGAAGAGGCAAAACGUGAGGACCCUCGCCCUCAUCAUCUGCACCUUCACCUACCUGAUCGUCGGCGCCGCGAUCUUCGACGCGCUGGAGUCGCAGAAGGAGACGGCCCAGAAGAUUCAGCUGGAAUUGAGGAAAGCGGAGCUGCUCAAGACGUUCAACUUGUCCUCGGAGGACUUUGACGAGCUGGAGAAGGUGGUGCUGCAGCUGAAGCCGCAUAAAGCCGGGGUGCAGUGGAAAUUCGCCGGCUCCUUUUACUUCGCCAUCACUGUGAUCACGACCAUAGGAUAUGGCCACGCAGCCCCCAGCACAGAUGGAGGGAAGGUGUUCUGUAUGCUCUACGCCCUCCUGGGCAUCCCUCUCACCUUGGUCAUGUUCCAGAGCGUAGGUGAGCGGAUCAACACCUUUGUCAGGUACCUGCUCCACCGCCUGAAGAAGUGCCUUGGCAUGAGGCACACUGAGGUCUCCAUGGUCAACAUGGUGACCAUCGGUUUCAUAUCCUGCAUGAGCACGCUGUGCGUAGGGGCGCUGGCCUUCUCCCACUUUGAGGGAUGGAGCUUCUUUCAUGCCUACUACUACUGCUUCAUCACGCUAACCACCAUCGGCUUCGGGGACUAUGUGGCGCUGCAGAACGAUCACGCUCUGCAGAACAAGCCGGAGUACGUGGCCUUCAGCUUCAUCUACAUCCUGACGGGUCUGGCUGUGAUCGGAGCCUUCCUCAACUUAGCAGUGCUGCGCUUCAUGACCAUGAACGCUGAGGACGAGAAGAGGGAUGCAGAGCAGAGGGCUCUCCUCGCUCAUAACGGUCAGGCAGGCGGGCACAUUAACUGCUCCGUGGACCCGGCCUCCUCCUCCUCCACGCCGUCCGGUUGUGGCGGAGGGAGCGCAGUCGGAGGCAGCGGCGGAGGCGCGGCGAGCCGAGGUCUACGCAACGUUUACGCUGAGGUGCUCCACUUCCAGUCCAUGUGCUCCUGCCUUUGGUACAAGAGUAGAGAGAAACUGCAAUACUCCAUACCCAUGAUCAUCUCACGUGACCUCUCCACCUCGGACACCUACAUGGAGCAGGGAGAGGCUUUUUCCAACCCCCUCCACUCUAAUGGCUGUGUGUGCAGCCUGCAGCGUCACUCGGGCAUCAGCUCGGUUUCCACGGGCCUGCACAGCAUCAACACCUACAGAAGACUCAAUAAACGCAGAAGCUCCAUUUGAACCAGGAGACAUCAUGCUUUAAGGUCAAGUCCCACUAAUGUCCAUGUGGAGAGGGAGGCCCCUCCUACUGUGGUACUAGAUUAGCCGUGGACAUCAGGGAACACAACUCCAGUCCUAAAGGAACGCAGUACUCCUGAUGUUUGCUUCUUUCUGGCACUGAAGAGCCUGGUGCUGCAGUCUCCAGGCUCCAGCCAUGUAUUUAACUUCCAUUAGCUGAGCACAAACCAUUUAGGACUAACAUUGUUACCGAUGCCACUGAGAAAUAAUGCUAAUGGUUGUUCAAGAAGCAUUCGUUACACAAACUCUGAAGCUGUUUCUGUUGGAAGACAGGGAGAAAGAAAAACGUGCAGUUCUCUCUGCACCUCUGAAUUCUAAUAUUAAAAAUCAUAGUAUUGAAUUCAGCUGUUUCUUUGUUCGUAAGACAGAAUUAAAUGUUCUAAUAUGAAAAGGGACAAAAUACACUGUGAGACAUGUUUUUAAGAGGGAGAUUGGGGGUGUAUUAACUGUAUAUAAUCCCCCGCUAAGAAAUAUUUUAUUGAAUGAUCUUCAAUCCACUUUUUUCAAAAGACUUUCCAGAAGGAAUCUUGGGUUGUAAGUAUUAUACUCACUUCAAAAUGUGUAUAUAUUUGGACACUUCAUUAGUAGGUGUUAUUGAGGGAAAGCCUAUUUUUUCAGUGAAAGUUUUCAGAAAAUAAUCUCAGUGUCUUCUCCUGUGUGUCUGUAACUAAGAGUUUGUGUUCAAGCCAAACUGUCUGAUCUGCUUCGUGUGUUUUCCUUCCAUUAGUAGAAGAAUCACAUUACAGGCAUUUCAGAAUAAGCAAUGAGAACAAGCAGGUUCUGGCGUAAAUCUCUUGCUCAAGAAGGGGACACUCGCUGGCUGUUGCAGGGAGUGAAACCCUGUGACGGUGUCUCUAACCACUAAGCCUCCCUGCUGCUCCUUUCAGACCUUACUUUAUUUUGUACAAAUCUUUUUUCUUUUUUGUUUCUUCCUGUGCAUCAAACUGUUUUAUGUACUUGUUGCUUGUCAUAUGUUUUCAUAUAGCACAACUAUAUUCUGAUCUGUUUAACUUAGAGCAUGUAAGCUCACUUUGUGCAUAAUAGAAAGUCAUAUCUUAUUCACUGCUGCACCUUAGAGACUGUUGUAUAUGCUUUAGGACACUGGAAUUCAGUGCACUAUUCUAUUUUAUUUUUUUAAUGGAAUCACUUUAUGUUUUUGUUAUGGAAAUGAUACGCCCUGAUUAAUUUUUGCUUCUGUUGUUAUAGUCUGAGAUAUUUGAAUUAAUACUCUGUGUUGUGGAUGAUUCAGAAUAACUGCAGUACACCUCACUUUAAAAAAAAAAAUGGCCUCAGAGUUUGCACCUCAUGCACUUAUAGGGGGUAUUUGCUCCAAACCCCAAAAAACACACUUGAUUCAGCCAACUGAGGUCUUUAUGCAGUGUUUAUUUUGUUUUAUGUUGUAGUCCUCUAAAGGAGUAUUCUUACAUAAUCAUUAUUUUUUUUAAGUUUACUUUACAAUGUCUGAAUAUGUUAGUCAUAUCACAUUAAUUUCACUUACAUUUUCAUCCUUUUUUUCUACUGGAACCUUCUUAUUAACUGCAAUAUGCCUGUUAAUGUUGUCCAGCAUUUCUCAAUAAGUGACGGAGGGGCUGUGGUCGGCUAUGUGUGUGGCUACACAUUUAAAGUUUUUUUUUUUUUUUCUUUAACAAUAAUAAAAUAUGGUUUAAUUUAAAACAAUAGUUCAUUUGAGUGUUGGCUGAAUUAAUAAAUUUGUUCAUGUUAUUUUCUGGUAAAAUAUAUGUUUAUGUGUUAUUUUUUAUUAGUUCAUUCAUC